CAGGUUGCCAACUUUGGUGGCAAAAUGAAAGUCACUCAAAGAUAACCUGAAAAAAUGUUUAAAAAUUUAAAUAAAACAUUCAAAUUUUUUCUUCGGAAGCAAAGCACUAUUUAUGCGUUAUCUUCGGGUCAGGGCAAGUGUGGGGUUGCUGUCAUAAGAGUCUCAGGGGCUUCGACUGAACUUGCUCUAAAAUGCCUCACCGGUCUGACGAACCCCAAACCUCGAACUGCAAUUUUAAGAAGCAUAAAACACCCCUCAAGUCACGAAGUUUUAGACAAGGGGCUCGUUUUAUGGUUUCCGGGCCCCCAUAGUUUUACAGGAGAGGACUCAUGCGAGUUUCACGUUCAUGGCGGAAUUGCUGUUGUUAGUUCUGUUUUAAACGCACUUGGUUCUCUCCCUGAUUUUCGAUUAGCCGAACCUGGGGAAUUCACAAGGAGGGCAUUCCACAAUGCGAAGUUAGACUUGACUGAAGUUGAGGGUUUGGCCGAUUUAUUGCAAGCGGAAACGGAAAUACAAAGAAAGCAGGCUUUUUUGCAAACUCAAGGCGCUUUGAGCAAGUUGUACAACAGGUGGAGGGGAAGUUUAAUUAAAUCAGUGGCACAUGUUGAGGCACACAUUGAUUUUGAAGAAACUGAAACCAUUGAUGAGGGGGUUUUAGACCUUGUAGUUCAAGAAAUUCAAAUAAUGAGGGACGAAAUUCGCAAACAUUUAAAUGACGGGAGGAAAGGAGAGUUGUUGAGGACUGGAGUUAAAACAGUUAUUCUGGGAGCACCCAACGUGGGGAAAAGUAGUUUAAUGAAUUUGCUUUGCAAAAGACCGGCUGCUAUCGUUACACCAAUUGAAGGCACUACUAGGGACAUUCUGGAAGUUACUUUAAAUAUUGGGGGAUAUCCUCUAGUUCUCACAGAUACCGCGGGGCUUAGAUACGAAACUAACGAUAUCAUAGAAAAAGAAGGAAUAAUUCGAGCAAAAAAUAGCUACGAUUGUGCCGAUCUUGUAAUUCUUGUACUAGAUUCACUGAAAGUGUAUAGUUGGUUGCAUAACCACCCGCCUAGCUCAACCAGUGAUUACUUAAUGUGUUAUAUAGAAAAACUAGGGUUGUACGAUUUAAUAAACAAAGAAUGUGUUAUUGUUUUUAAUAAGUCGGAUCUCGUGCAGGAUUUACUUGACUUGCAAAAUUCUGAGAUUGUUCAUUUGUCGUGCAAGUCAGAAGAUGGUGUCUCAAAUCUUGUCAACACUAUUGGCAAUAAAUUGAGAAAAUUAUGUGGCGAACCCUCUGCCGAACAUCCAAGUAUGAAUCAAGUGAGACAUAGACAACACUUAAGUAACUGUCUCAAGUGUCUUGACUCGUCUCUUGAUAGGUCAUCAAGUGACACUGUUUUAAUGGCUGAGCAUUUGAGAAAGGCCUUAAGGCAUCUUGGCUACUUAGUCGGUGCCACAACCACUGAGCAACUCCUAGAUGUCAUAUUCAAAGAUUUUUGUAUCGGGAAAUAAAACUCAUAUCAAAUGACAUAAGUAUAUUGUUUCUUUUAUACAAAAAAAUAUUAAAUGUAUAACAAAACA